AAAGGUCCUUUACAUAAUACAGUCUCUAAUACCGAGCUGUGAUGAUGUAUCACCGUGACACUCACCAGCAUGGGUAGCUCGACAUCAGUUUCAUAUUAUGCGAAGGAAGAUACGGCCCUGAUUAAGAAGGUAAAAGACAAAGUCAGGCGAAAGUGUAAACUGAAUCUGAAACAGGUGUCAGCUCGUUCUAAAGCCAGCCCCCUACUUCUGUUCGUCGAGGUCACAACCACCAUCGAUCAGGCUGUCAAUGACGUCAUCAAAGAAGCGAGAGGUGGCGAUGACGUUUUUGUUGUUACAGUCAGAGUCUCCGAUAGACACCCAGGAAAAAACAAGCAUUUGUCCGAUUUUAUACAUCAAACCACAAGGAAAUUAAUCCGAGAUGCGUGUGUUUUCUUCUUUGACAAGACGGACCUUUCAUCGACGGAUUAUCGAAAUGAUAAUAAAAUAGCCUUAUGUGGAAUAAAACGGUUCAUAGCAGAUGUCAAAUCAUUUGACAGACACAUGACACAGUCUCGUGUUACUUUUCAGAGACACCCCUACCUCAAUGAACCAGUUUGCUUCUACUUUGUACCUGGGAGUCAUAUGGAACAAGACACGCUGACCUUUGUCCAGGAGGUCGGGCAUUUCCCGUUGCAGAAAUGUGCCAGAACCGAUGUCAGGUCUGUCAGCCCCCUCAUAGUGUUUACACCGUGCUACACACGGGUGGAUGAGGAUGCCAAUUCAAUUCUUAGAGAAGCUAGAGAUGGACCUGACGUGUUUCUGGUGAUGAUAGAAAGUGCCUACAAGCACUCCACAAUCAGCAACAUGCCCUAUCUAUCGUCAAAGAACAGAAGACGUAUUGGAGACUGUGGCACCUUGGUGUACUCACUUGACUACAAGAGCUUCCAGGAAAACAGUCAGAAUUUGCAGAUGAUACAAAGACUACGACAGUUUCUUAUCGACACUGUUGAAGAAAACAAAUCCAAUAUCUUAAGAAGAUCACGAAAUAAUUUAGACGAUUGUCGUGGAACACUGCUUUGAACAUAACAAGAUGGCGGUCCUGCGCUUGCGGUAUCCCAGCCAGUAUUUCCCACUUCAUUGGAGAUGAUGAUCCCUACCACAACUCAACAGAAGCUUGUAUUGCGCACAUAAGAAGCGACACACAUUGUUAAACGUGGAAUGUUAACCCAUUAAAAUUCAUGUAAAUCAAUGAAUGUUAAUAAUUGUAAUUCAAUACUGUAUAUGGGCCUGUGGCUUGACUUGACUUGGAAUAUCGCUUAUAUUGUAAGGUGCUAAGUAACAGCAUAUUGCAGUACCAGUAAUGAUCAGCUUGACCAGACGUCUUGAUUCGAUUGGCACAACCUAGUUCAUUAUAAUGGCGCCAUGGAUAUAACCAUACAUGUGUAUAUAUGUUAUGUUAUGUUGUGUUCUGAAACAGUUUGAACUCCAAGUAAACCAAGGUUAGUUCUUAAUAAUUUCGUGCUUUGAAGUUUAGACAGAUUCCCGAACGUUGGUUGGUUGAGAGAGCGGUCAUGUGAUCUAAAUUUCAAGGUUCAUUUCCCUUGAACCCUUCAAAUCGUUCAUACGUGUGUGAACGUUUUCGAGCCGAUCUGGGUCAUGUGAACUUUUGCCGGAACUACUUUCCGGGUUUUCCCCAGGAUACUCGCUGUCCAGCUUGACGUAAACAAAAUAAAUCAUUUGCAUUCACACUCCUUUUAAGUUAUACAUAUCAUUUACUUGUUUUUGUACGUAACAAAAAGCGCCAGCUGAGCACAGUUUUGCAAAAAUCUGACGGACAACGCGUCCGACAACAAGUCCCAGCCAGUGCGACCUAAUUUUCAAAUUUCCCCUACGGUUUCAAGGACCCCCAAUGAUCUUGCUGCAUUUGGUGAUGCCAAUUAAGCGAGCGAUCCUGUUUCAAGUCACCCGAAUUUAGGCAAUGUCACUUCUUCACGACCAAACGGAUUUCCAAUUGCCGAGCAUUGUUCCUUAUCACAAGAGUUUAAUCUCUCGCGAUUUGCGGGUUCUGCCCCGUUUUUUUUUUAAAACUGCUCAUUAAAUUUCACAAUAAACAAUCACAAAUAAAUAGAGUACACCAACGAAAUCUGCUUCCUAUUCGCCACGCCGCGCAACUUCGAAGUCGGUCAGUGUAUUAUUACGCGGUCAAACGAACCCGUCAUAGUUAUAUUGGUACAAUGACAGUUUGUAAAAAUGAUAUUGUUAUUGAUAUUUGUUUCUGUUUGAUAAUUUUAUUGAUGUUAUGCUUAUUAAAGCAGUUUCAAACCUA